GGGGGGUUCGGAGCGGGCAAAGGGGCGGCUCAGGCGGGCGGACUCGGAGCGGGCCGCGGAGUGACCCGGCCAGCUGUCCCUUGACACCAGUCCAGCCCGCCUCGUUGUGUAACCAUGAGAGCUGCCUACCUCUUCCUGCUGUUCCUGCCUGCAGGCCUGCUGGCUCAGGGCCAGUACGACCUGGAUCCGCUGCCUCCGUUCCCAGACCACGUCCAGUACACCCACUAUAGCGACCAGAUCGACAACCCGGACUACUAUGAUUAUCAAGAGGUGACUCCUCGGCCCCCGGAGGAGCAGUUUCAGUUCCAGUCCCAGCAGCAAGUCCAACAGGAAGUCAUCCCAGCUCCCACCUUAGAACCAGGAACUGUAGAGACGGAGCCCACGGAGCCUGGGCCUCUGGACUGCCGCGAGGAGCAGUACCCGUGUACCCGCCUCUACUCCAUACACAAGCCUUGUAAACAGUGUCUCAACGAGGUCUGCUUCUACAGCCUCCGCCGUGUGUAUGUCAUCAACAAGGAAAUCUGUGUCCGCACGGUCUGUGCCCACGAGGAGCUCCUGCGAGCUGACCUGUGUCGUGACAAGUUCUCCAAAUGUGGCGUGAUGGCCAGCAGCGGCCUGUGCCAAUCUGUGGCAGCCUCCUGUGCCAGGAGCUGCGGGGGCUGCUAGGGUGGGACUGGCACCCCGAGCCCCGGACCCUCCUCGAUCUGGGGCCCUCAGGCUCUGCCUGACCUGGUGCUUUUCUCCCCAGCCAGACGUUCCUUUUAUCCCGUAAAAUGUUAGUGGCUGCAGCGCCGGGGGUUGCCUCAGGCCCUUCCCCCAGCCUGCGGCCACCCUUGGGGCACAAAGGGGGCUCCAGUCUCCGCCCCCAGGUGGGGGACAUCCCAGGCCUCUCUAUGGGACCUGGGCCCCUGAUGUGCCUUCUCCAUCCCUCUGAGGACAGUCCCCCACUCCAGCCCCACCCCCAAGGAAGGCUAUGACCCUCACCCCAGCUGGUCUGCUUGGAUUUCCUACAGCCCCUGGGCAUAGACCACCUUUGUUUUAUACAAAAUUAAAAACAGGUUUUUACAAAA